AUGCAUCCUAAUCCAGAGGAUAACCUUCCCCUCACUCCUGCACACUUCUUGAUAGGAAGAACUUUGACUUCCUUACCUGAAGGAGACUAUACUUGCAUCCCAGAGAAUCGUCUCAAGUUGUAUCAAGGUCGUCAGCGAAUGGUUCAAUCAUUCUGGAAAAGAUGGAGCCUAGAAUAUCUGGGGAAUCUGCAGACCAGAUUGAAAUGGAAGACCCAUCAUGCAAAUCUGUUGAAACCUGACAGUUUAGUCAUCAUCAAGGAGGACAACUUACCACCACUUGUAUGGAAGAUGGCUCGAGUUGUGGAGUGUUUUCCGGGCACCGAUGGUGUUAUUCGAGUCGUGUCAGUGCGGUUAAGUGACGGCAACGUGCUCAAACGACCUGUAAACAAAUUAUGUCCUUUACCAACUGAAGGAGAUUUCAAUAUUAAUUUCCUGGAAAGUAAUAAGAAUUCAAAUGAAAUCUUGGAGUUGUUCGAGUCGUACGGUUUGUUUCCGGCUUUCAAUGAGGCUAGCAGAAUUAAUUUAAAUACAGAAACGUGUAUUGAUAACAUUUUCACGAACAUUUACAAGGAAUCUUACAAAUGUAGAACAUACGACCCACACUUAUCGGAUCAUUCAGUACAGGAAUUGAAAUUGAUUGAUGAGACACCUGCAACAAAAGGACAAUAUAUAACUAAAUAUAAAAUAACGGAAGAAAAUAUAUCUAAAUUCGAAGAGAAACUGAACGAUAUUGACUGGGAUUCUAUUAAAUUCGAAAGUGCAGAGGAAACAUUUCAUGAAUUUCACUUAGUGUUGAAAGGAUGCUUUGAUACUUCUUUUCCUUUGUUCACCGUUAAUGUGAAAAGGGAUGAGAAAUGUGUCAAAAAAACUGCUUCGAAUGUUGCUCUGAAGAAAGCGGUAGAUGCGGCGCUGACAAUUCAUGAAGUUCGCCAAAGUGAGCACUCCAAAAAAUUAUUGGAAAUGUUGAAACGCAGUAUGAGAGAAAGUUACACAUCUGAAAAGAAGAGAGUUCAUCGAGAGUAUAUAAACUCAUCAGAAGAUAAAACGAAAGCUAUAUGGAAAGUUAUAAAACAAGAAACUGCUAGAUCAAAAUUGAAUAGAGAAAACGAGAGUAAAUUAACCCCAGAUGAGCUAAAUUAUUUCUUUUCUAGCAUAGGACAGAUGAUUUCAAUGCAGUGCACACCUUCUGCUGAUGGGGCAAUAAAUUUGAUGAGAACAACUCCUUCUAGGAUACCCGUGUCUUCGAGCUCAGUGUUCAACUAUCCAGUAACGAUCGAUGAGCUGAAUCAGAAUAUCAAAAGAUUCAAAAAUAAAAAAAAUGAGGAUAUCUACGGAAUGAAUGUGGUACUGAUGAAAAGAAUCUACCCAAGGAUCGCUAAAGUUAUGUGUGAUAUGUUCAAUCAAUGUCUUGAGCAGGGGAUUUUUCCUGAGGUCCUUAAGUUCGCAAGAGUAAUUCCCGUCUAUAAAAAUGGCAAAGAAGACGAAUGCACUAAUUACAGACCAAUAUCUAUCCUGCCCACCAUUUCUAAGAUAUUAGAGGAAAUAUUGAAGCGAAGAUUGUUAGAGUUUCUGGAUAGGUCUCGGGUGCUCGAUCAGAAUCAACAUGGUUUUAGAUCUGGAAAAUCAACUAUGACAGCACUGGUUGCGUUGAUGGAAAACAUUGUCGAGGCAGUGGAUGAAGGAAGAUUAGUUGAAGUAUUGACAUGUGACCUGUCGAAGGCAUUUGAUAGUGUCGAAAGGGAUAUACUUCUUCAAAAGAUGGAAAUUUAUGGAGUAAGAGGGAAAGCGUUGGCUAUUUUCGAGUCAUAUCUGAAAAAUAGGACACAGGUGGUCUCGUGGAACAACGAGAUAUCGAAAGUGAAUAUUUUGAAGUAUGGAGUGCCGCAGGGAUCAAUUUUAGGUCCCUUACUGUUUUUAAUAUACGUCAACGACUUACCGAAUAAUGUGUCGUGCUCCCUGACCUCAAUGUAUGCAGAUGAUGCGAGCUUUGUGAAUGACUCGUUUAGGAGAACAGAUCUUGAAAUCAAAGGGGCCGAGACCUUGGUCAGUGCUGAAAAAUGGUUUAGCACGAAUGGAUUGAAGCUCAAUGUGGAUAAGUCUUGCCGUAUGAUAGUAGCAGGUAGUGAACGUCCUCAGUCUGUCAAAGUGUUGGGUAUGACUUUGGAUAACCGGCUUACUUGGAACACCUAUACAACACCACUCUUGAAAAGGCUUUCAACGGCAAUUUUCACAAUACGUAGGAUGAGGGAGGUUGCAGGUUCGGACAUAUCUGUAUUGACCUAA